AUGAGCGAGCUCGCGCCCCCGGGUACGACGCCGACGACUCCAGCGCGCCCUCCGGCGGGCGCCUCGGCUGCUGCGGUUGCUGCACCAGGCGCGAACGCGGGGGGCGACCAGAGCGACGCCGACAUCGAGCGUGCUGACGGCAACCUGGACCGCGAGGUGGUGGACCCAGCUGACGAGGAGCUCGGCGACCAGGACGAAGAGGAGGAGGAGGAGGAAGAGGAGGAGGAAGAGGAGGAGGACAUGGAGAGCGACAAAGACGCACGGGCCAGCCCUGGACCGAACAACCAGAGCCAUCAUGACAUUCCGGAGGCAGCCGUACACUUGCUCUCUUUGAAUGACGUGCUGGAGGCAGGCGUCAUGCCUGCAUUUCAUCGCUGUCCGGCCCCGUUCCAGAAUGUAGUGCCCUCUCGGUUCGUGGCUCCACCGAAGCGCAUCCCGGGCGGGCACACUUUCAUUGUCGGCGUUCCGGCUACGACAAACGCCGUUGUUCAGCAUGCGCAAAUCCAGGAUGGUUAUGGAGGGAUCGAGGCUCUGAUCCAGUUGCUGGGCCUGUCCGAACAGGACUUGCUCGACCUGGACCUGCUGCUCGGGCCUAACAACGACGCCCGUUCCAAGAUCUUACGACCUUGGAAUCAGGAUCCUCCAAAGUUGAGUCAGCUGGAAAACAUCCUGUCUUCGAUGGAAUUGCGCCGAGAGCUAGCGUCCGUAAUCCGGCACUUUGAUCCAGAGCAAUUGGCUUAG